UCAACACGAGUCCGAUUUAAUAUAAAACGUGUCACAUGUUGUCUUCCAGCUGUAAAGAGUACAAAACAGCGCUGGAUGAUCUCGCCAAGGCGUCGAACGGGGGCGGGGAGGAGACCCCACAGGUCACCAGCGGUGGUGAGAGUCGGGCGAAGAGCAGCCCUGCGAGGCCGAGCGAGUCGGCCUCGUCGCAGCAGAGCCGCAGCAGCACGGAGACGGAUCCGCUCAAGGAUGCAGACCUGGCAGAUAAGCAGAAGAAACAGACGCUGAAUCCACACGUCGAGCUGCAAUUCUCUGACGCCAACGCCAAGUUUUACUGUCGGAUCUACUACGCCGAGGAGUUCCACAAGAUGCGUGAGGAGAUCAUGGAGAGCAGCGAGGAGGACUUCGUCCGCUCGCUGUCCCACUGCGUCAACUGGCAGGCUCGAGGCGGGAAAUCUGGAGCCGUUUUCUACGCGACAGAAGAUGACCGGUUCAUCCUGAAGCAGAUGCCCAGACUGGAGGUUCAGUCCUUCCUGGAUUUUGCGCCUCACUACUUCACCUACAUCACCGGCGCCGUGCAGCAGAAACGGCCGACCGCGCUGGCAAAGAUCCUGGGUGUUUACAGGAUCGGCUACAAGAACUCCCAGAACAACACGGAGAAGAAACUGGACCUGCUGGUGAUGGAGAACCUUUUCUACGGACGCAAGAUGGCUCAG